AUGGCUAUACCAAGACCUCACGAAUUAGCAUCACUGAAACCACGACAAGAAUCAUCGUCCAGCUAUUGGGUUGCCCAAAUUCAGCGACAGGGGACAGUUGCGUUCGGAUCAAACUCAAGCUACACAAUCUUUCGCAACGUCAAAGACUAUGGCGCAGUUGGUGACGGCGUGACCGACGACACAAAUGCCAUCAACACUGCGGUCUCCGACGGCAACAGAUGUGGCCAAGGCUGCGACAGCUCUACCACCACUCCUGCGAUCGUCUACUUUCCUCCUGGCAAAUAUGCUGUUUCGGCUCCAAUCAUCCAAUACUAUUACACACAAUUUAUUGGUGACGCUGUCAAUGUCCCAACGAUUGUGGCCAUGCCCAGCUUUCAAGGAAUUGCAGUCAUGGACACCGAUCCUUACAUUCCUGGAGGAAAUGGCGCUCAGUGGUAUACCAAUCAGAACAACUUCUACCGUCAGAUUCGGAACUUCAUCAUUGACCUCACGCAAUUACCCGAAACACUUGGUGCUGGCAUCCACUGGCAGGUUGCACAAGCCACCAGCCUGCAAAACAUCGUCUUCAACAUGGUAGCGAAAAGUCCUACAAACAAACAGCAGGGCAUCUUCAUGGACAAUGGCUCUGGCGGUUUCAUGGGCGACUUGGUCUUCAACGGCGGUAACUAUGGUGUCUUCCUCGGCAAUCAACAAUUUACCUCCAGGAAUAUGACAUUCAAUGGUUGCAACACUGCGGUUUUCAUGAACUGGAACUGGUUGUGGACAUUCAAAUCACUAAACAUCAACAACUGUGACGUUGGAAUUGACAUGUCCACCCUCGAUGGAGGCGUCAAUCAGACUGUUGGCUCUAUUGUCGUCUUGGACAGUGUCAUGGCCAAUACCAAAAUCGGCAUUUGGACCUCGUACAACCAGACGAGUCAACCAACCACCGGAGGCACUCUGGCUUUGCAAAACGUCGAUUUCACCACGACCAACAUUGCCAUUGCUGGUGCCAAUGGCGUUGACCAGAUCCUCGCUGGGUCCAGUGUUGUGGACUCAUGGGCUCAAGGUGAUGCGUAUCGACCUGCGAGCGGAGUUCAACGCGCCAAACGACAACCUCAACUCCAGACCUCCUCGGCAACGUCAGCCUGUUCAAUGUCAACCACAACUACCACCGUGACGCUCUCUACGGUACCCGCCACACCAAACUACUCUGCGUUGACCUCUACGGUGACUGUCUUGCCAAUAUCAUCAUCCACUGGAAGCACGCUACCGAGUGCUCCUGUCCCUUAUGGUAACUCCACAUCCUCUGAUUUGCCGGCUGGUAAUGCCAGCGCUUGCUCGGCCUCACCCAUUGCCUUGCAAUCUGCCCGCGUGCAGCAACAAUUGACUGCUCCUACUCUGCCUGCAUCUCUUAUGAACGGCAACGCGGUGUUUGAACGGUCGAAGCCUCAAUACGAAAAUAUACCCGUUUCGUCGUUCGUCAGCGUCAAGUCUGCUGGUGCAAAAGGUGAUGGUGUCACGGAUGACACCGCUGCCCUCCAAGCCAUCAUGAACAAUGCCACAGCAGACCAGAUUGUCUACUUUGAUCACGGCGCGUACAUUCUGACUGAUACCUUGAAGGUACCCAAGAAUAUCAAGAUCACGGGCGAGAUCUGGCCUUUGAUCAUGGCCAAAGGCGAUGCAUUCACCGAUAUCAACAAUCCGAAGCCUGUGUUCCAGGUUGGCUUACCUGGUGAUACUGGUUCGGUGGAGAUCUCAGAUCUGGUCUUUGAAACCAUGGGUCCUCUUCCCGGAGCCAUUAUGAUGGAAUGGAACGUGGCCGAGACAAGUCAAGGAUCUUGCGGCAUGUGGGACACCCACUUCAGAAUCGGAGGUACUGCAGGCACUCAACUGCAGGAGAAUACUUGUCAAGCCAAUGUUACGGGAUCUUUCGAGUUCAAACCCGAGUGCGCGGGCUCAUUCCUGAUGAUGCACAUCACGCAGCAAGCAUCUGCUUACAUUGAGAAUGUUUGGCUUUGGGUUGCCGACCACGAGCUUGACAUCACUACCCACGAUCAAACGGACAUCUACAAUGGCCGCGGGUUGCUUGUUGAAAGCCAAGGCCCGGUUUGGCUAUGGGGUACCUCAUCUGAGCACAGUCAACUCUACAACUACCAGAUCUCUAACGCACAGGACAUCUUCAUGGGAGCCAUUCAAACCGAGACUCCUUACAUGCAAUCCAGCCCUGACGCAUUGAGUGGAGGAUUUCCACCAAGUUCAACCUUCACGGAUCCUACCUUUGCGAAUUGCACCACCGAGUCAUGCAAGAAGUCAUGGGGUUUGCGUAUCGUGGAUUCGAGUGACGUGUACAUGUAUGGAGCGGGACUUUACAGCUUCUUUGACAACUACAUCCAAACGUGUCUGGAAACCGAGUCUUGUCAAGAGAACAUGGUGGACAUCGAAUGCUCGACCAAUAUCAAUCUCUAUGGUCUCACUACCAAAGCCUCAACAAACAUGGUCAAUGUUGAUGGCGUUCCGGAGGCCUUCGAGCAAGACCAUACCAACUUGUUUGGACAGACCCUGGUUCUCUUCGAAACAUGA